AUGUUCGUCGGCAUACCAAAUGUCCACACUUCUACCACCCUCGGAAUCAUUUUCUUCUUUCCGGUCGUCGCCAUCUUCAGCUUCAGUCCUACCUUAUCAUCAACCCCACAGUCAUCAUUACCAUCUCAGUUCACCUCGUCCAACUUUGUACUGGAAUACAACUUCCCAGUGUUGCUAUGCCAACAGGAAGAUAGUUUUCGGCCCCCCGCGGCCGGCCAAGCAUAA